AUGAAAUUGAGCAAGAACCAGCUCAGAAGAGCUAAGAAAAAGGCCGACAAAGCCGAGGCUACUGCAAAGAGUACAGGCGCUCCCAUUGACAAUACCAUACCACGGGAGCUGUCACCUCUCCCAGUGGCUACUUCUCAGGAUGCACUAGCUGAUACCAGCACUGAUCUGUCUCCUGAGCCAACUGACCCGCUAUGGGAAAUGUACAAAGGCUUUGCUGGAAAAUUCGACGAGACACUGAAUGAAAAUUCAUUCGCGAAGGAGUCUGAUAAGCCUGAGGUCUUCUUUGACGAUGGCGAUGAAAUACCCGAUGAAGAGCAAGAGAGCGAGCCCAAGAUUUCAAAGAAAAAGCGCAAGGCAAUGAACAAGUUAUCUGUUGCUGAACUUAAAGCGACGGCACGAAAGCCUGAAAUUGUUGAAUGGACAGAUACAUCCGCCCCCGAUCCUCGACUACUUGUUCACAUCAAAGCCCAUCGUAAUGUGGUCCCGGUUCCCUCUCACUGGUCGCUUAAACGAGAGUAUCUAUCAUCCAAACGAGGCGUGGAGAAGGCGCCGUUUGCUCUUCCCAAAUUCAUACAGGAGACUGGGAUUUCCGAAAUGCGUGAUGCUGCUUUAGAAAAACAAGAGCAGUCAAGUUUGAAGCAAAAACAAAGGGAAAGGGUGCAGCCAAAGAUGGGCAAACUGGAUAUUGAUUACCAGAAGCUUUACGAAGCAUUUUUCCGCUUUCAAACUAAGCCGGAGCUGACUCGCUACGGUGAGAUCUACUAUGAGGGCAAAGAAUACGAGACGAAUCUCAAGCACCUCCGACCUGGCGAACUGAGCGAUGAGUUAAGGGACGCUCUUGGUAUGACCCCAGGAGCUCCUCCUCCGUGGCUCGUCAACCAGCAGCGAUAUGGCCCAUCGUCUGCCUAUCCUGCAUUGAAAGUCCCCGGCCUCAAUGCGCCACCUCCACCGGGCGCGUCGUGGGGCUACCAUCCUGGAGGGUAUGGAAAGCCACCUGUUGAUGAACACAACCGCCCAUUAUUCGGAGGUGAUAUCUUCGGCGUUUUACAACCCCAACAACAUGCCCAACACGGAGAACCGAUCGAAAAGGAUCUUUGGGGGGAAUUACAUGAACCGGAAGAGUCAGAAGAGGAAAGUGAAGCAGAGGAGGAGGACGAUGAACAGGAAGAAGAAAACGAUGAAGAUGGUGUGGGUGUAGGUGCUCAUUCUCCUAGCGGCAUGGAAACACCAAGUGGGAUUGACUCAGCAGUACCAUCUGAAUUCGUUGGCGCUGAGAAUGUCUCCGGGGAGUUUGAUGUGCGCAAACACCAUCGUGGUACCGACACAGAGCAAUCCGUUCACACUCGGAGUGCUUAUCAGGUCAUCCCCGAGAGGCAAACGAACGUGGAAGGCUUUUUCGGAGGCGACAGGGCCUACGAUCUUAGCGGAUCAACAGCCAAGCCUCCUAUUCUUGGUGCAGAUGAUCAAACCCGAAAACGCAAGAAGCCUGGGGAUGUUGAAGUCUCUGUCAGCUUGGAUGCAAUUCAAUCUGGUGAUGGCCUCAGCAAAGAGAGCCUUCAGAGCAUGUAUGAGUCACAGAGACAGCAACAAAAUCCACCAAACUGGGGUUUUCAAGAAGACUUGAGUGAUAUGAUUGCACAGGAGAGCCGCAAAAGAUUGCGAAAGGAAGAAGAGAGACGAGGGAAGCAUUGA